GUGCUGUCCAAUGGGAGGCGUGGGCGUGGCCGCGGCGGGAGGGGCGGGGCGCGGCGGCGGCUGAGGGCGCGGAGCGGCGGCGGCCGGGCCGGAGAGUCCCUGAGGAUGAAUGGCUCCGAGCUCGCCGGCAGCACGGCGCCCGGCCCCGCAGCCACGGGGGAGCCGGGCGGGAGCGGGCGCCCGGAGCAGGAGAGCAACCCCUUCGCCGAGUACAUGUGGAUGGAGAACGAGGAGGACUUCGACCGGCAGGUGGAGGAGGAGCUGCAGGAGCAGGAAUUCCUGGAUCGCUGCUUCCAGGAGAUGCUGGAGGAGGAGGACCAGGACUGGUUCAUCCCGGCGCGGGAUCUUCCCCAGGGAAUGGCGCAGCUCCAGCAGCAGCUCCACGGCCUCUCCGUGGGGGACGGGCACGGAUCCGAGGACAUCCUGAGCAAAAGCAACUUGAAUCCAGAUGCCAAGGAAUUCGUUCCCGGAGUGAAAUACUGACCUCGGAAAUUCGGGAAUGGCCUGGCCAGAGACUGAUUCCCUGCUCCAGGGAAAAGUUGGGACAUGGGAAGAGCCCGGAGCGGCUCCAGCACCGGGAUCUGCUCCAGCUCCAAGUACUUCUGGUUUUCCCUUUUUUUUUUUUUUCCUUUUUGUUUUUUUUUUUUUUCCUGGCUUUUCCUCACUUUUUCUUGGCAGUUUUUGGCUUCCUGGGAUUUGUGGCGACCCCGCCAGCGGGAAAAUCUUGGAAAAAAAUCAUGGAAAAAUCACGGGAAAAUCUUGGGAAAAUCGUGAAAAAAAAUCACGGAAAAAUCAUGGAAAAUCCUGGGAAAUCAGUCAUGGGAAAAGCACAGAAAAAUAAUGGGAAAAUCAUGGAAAAAUCAUGGAAAGUCAAGGGUGGGAAAAUCUGGUUUUCCUGCUUUUGGAGGAUUUUUAGGAUUGGGACUGGUUUUCCCCUGGUUUUCUGGAAUGGGAUUUUCCCUGAUUUUUCUGGAACGGGAUUUUUCCUGCUGGAAGUGAAGGGUUCCAAGGUGCAAUCCCGAAAUUCCUCCAUAGGGAAGCUGAGCAGGGGGAUCCUGCCAAUUCCAGAGGUUUUUGGGGAAACCUGGAUUUCCCCAAAUUCCUCUUCCCCUUAAGGAAUUCCUCAGCGUAUCCAACACUACAGCCCUAAUUCCUCACGGGCGAAAAUCCAAGGAAAACUGAAUUCCUGGGAAAAGAGAGGGGUCCUCUGUUGGGAUGAGGGAUAAUUUGGGAUGUGGUGGGAAUAUCCUGGUGCUGGUCCCUUUUCCGAGGACCCUGGAGAUUUUGAUCCCAGGAAUUUCCUUCCCCAUCCAUGGGAGCUGCAGCUCCCUAAACCCUGGCCACUCCCAAGGUUCUAAAAGUUUCAGAAAUCCAAGGAAAUCAGGAGCUCCUUGGGAUUGGGAAUCCCUAUCCAAGGAAACCAGGAACUUUUUGGGAUUGGAAAUUCCUGUCCAGGGAGAGCAGGAGCUUCCAAAGGUCAGAAACCCUUUCCAGGGAAAUCAGGAUCUCUUUGGGAUUGGGAAUCCCUAUCCAGGGAAAAGUGGGAGCUUCCCAAGGUCAGAAAUCCCUAUCCAAGGAAAUCAGGAGCUCCUUGGGAUCGGGAAUCCCUAUCCAGAGAAAUUAGAAACCUUUUUGGGAUUGGAAAUCCCUCUCCAGGAAAAGUGGAGCUUCCCAAGGUCAGAAAUCCCUAUCCAAGGAAAUCAGGAGUUCUUUGGGAUUGGGAAUUCCUGUCCAGGGAAAUCAGGAACUUUUUGGGAUUGGGAAUGUCUAUCCAAUAGAGAAAUCAGGAUUUUUUUGGGAUUAGAAAUCCCUAUCCAGAGAAAGCAGAACUUUUUGGGAUUGGGAAUCCCUACAGAGGAAGAAGAGGAUCUCCUUGGGGUCGGGAAUGCCUGCUCAGGGAAAGCAGGAGCCUCCCAGGGUUACAAAGCCCAUCCCUGGAAAACGGGACCUUCUCGGGGUGGGAAAUCCCAGACCAGGGAAGGCAGGAGCGUUCCAGGCUCCCAACCCCUUUUCCAGGGAAGGAGGGAGCUGCAGGGCCGGGGAUCCCGGGAGAGCAGCCCCACUGCCCUGCUCAUCCCUGCCAAUCCCCGAGCCGAGCAGCUCACGGAUCAGCGGGAUCGGCGCCGCCGGAGCGCCAACAGGGCUGAGCUCAUGGAAUUCCGGCACGUCCCGCUUUCCCAGCCCCCCUGGAAGCAGCAGCCCCACGGAAAUCCCACCCUACAAACCCCAUUUGGGGCCGUUUUUGGCUGGGCAGGACGGGAUGCAUCCCCUGGAGCGAGCCCACGUUUUCACCUCCUCCUUUUCCCGGUUUUCCUUGGAUUUCUCCCCCAGUUCCCUCCUUUCCCCACCCCCCCCAAUGCUGUAAAUUUCAAACGAGGUGUUAUCCCAAAUAAACUUUUUUUGGAAGGGA